GAAUCACAGCAACGCAACUCAAGAGAAAAUUCUGCGCUUCGCUUUACUGUAGUAUGGCAUCAAGGAGAAUGGAGACCAAACCAGUAAUAACCUGCCUGAAAACGCUCCUGAUCGUCUAUUCCUUCGUGUUUUGGAUCACGGGGGCAGUCCUGCUGGCGGUGGGGUUAUGGGGGAAGUUCAUGCUGGGUCCGUACAUCUCCCUGAUCGCGGAGAACUCCACCAACGCGCCGUACGUGCUCAUCGGCACGGGGACCACCAUCAUCGUCUUCGGCCUGUUCGGAUGCUUCGCCACCUGCCGCGGGAGCCCAUGGAUGCUCAAGCUGUAUGCCAUGUUCCUGUCCCUGGUGUUCCUGGCUGAGUUGGUGGCGGGCAUCUCUGGCUUUGUGUUCCGCCACGAGAUCAAGGGAACGUUCCUGAGGACGUACAAUGAGGCCGUGCAGGACUACGACGCCAAGGACGAGAAGAGCCUCGCAGUGGACCAUGUGCAGCGCAGCCUGCGCUGCUGUGGAGUGCUGAACUACACCAGCUGGUUCAGCAGUGUGUACUACCCCGCCAACGGCCUGCCCGCCAGCUGCUGCAUCAGCACCUCCGACUGCAGCUCCUCCGACCUGCGCAACGCCACCAUAGCCCCCAGCAAGGUGCACCAGCAGGGUUGCUAUGAGCUGGUGACCUCCUUCAUUGAGACCAACAUGGGCAUUAUUGCUGGGGUCACCUUUGGCAUCGCUUUCUCCCAGCUGAUCGGCAUGCUGCUGGCCUGCUGUCUGUCCCGGUUUAUCACCGCCAAUCAGUACGAGAUGGUGUAGCAACACAGGAGCACAGGAUGACGGCAAGAGGGCAUACGUCACCUUGGACUUCUGGGACAGGACACACACCUGAAACUCUAGCACACACACACACACACACACACACACACACACACACACACCAUUCUCAUGGCCUCUCUCCUGUGUGUCCUGCCCUCCACCACUCCAUCUCUCUCUCUCUCUCUCUCUCUCGUUUUCAUCCUUUUCUUCUCUCCUCCUUUCUUUUCCCCUCUGUCUCUCUCUUUGUGUAGUGCAUCAUUCCUUACAGUGCAGUUGUGGCAUGAUGGGGAUUUAAAUCAAAUGGAUUUCCUGUCACAUGACCUUAACACA